AGCAGAAGUUCUAUAUAAAGUCUUUGAGGUCUUUAGGAUUUUGCAUUCUGGGUUGUCAAGCAAGCAAGAUGUUUCCCGCCUUUACUGUGGCUGUCGUCUGCCUCGGACUUGUGUCGGCUGGACCGGCAUCUCGCGAAAAGCGACAAGUCAACUGUCCAGAUGCAUUCACUAACGUUCCCAACCCGUGUGUCAACAAUGUAGAGGGUAAGAUCUACUACCCCCACCCCAGCGACGCCACAAAGUUCAUCCAGUGCGACUUGCUGGGACGCAUGUACAUCAUUCAAUGUCCCAAGGGCCUGACCUACAAACCCACCACCUCAUCCUGUACCUCCGUCAAUGCCCCAGUCCCCACCACAAUGGCUCCUCCUCCCACCACGCAUGCGCCAGUUGUCAUUCCGGUUGUCACAUCUAAACCUACUUCUAACCCAUGCACUUCUACGAACCUUGCACAGGGAAAUAUCUACUUUGCCUACGCCUUCGAUAAGUACCGAUUUAUUGAAUGUGAUCUUCUCGGAAACGCCAAUAUUUUGAGCUGUCCAUCUGGUUUGGUUUGGGAGCAGAGUCGCUUGUCUUGUGUUUACGACAUCGGAACGGAUAACGUUGUACCCAACCCUGCCGGAACCGGAACUGGCACCGGAACCGGAACUGGCACCGGAACUGGCGGCGCCGUGAAUCUGGAGACCGUCUGCGCUUCACCUGGAUCCACAGUAACUACUACCGACGAUUUGUUCCAUCCUUAUCCAGGAGACAAGACCAAGUUCAUCCAGUGCGAUCUCUGGGGUCAGGCCAAUGUCGUAGACUGCCCGACUAACCUCUACUGGAACAAUUCCGCCAAGACGUGCGCUGCUCCGUACGUGGUUAACGGACUCCCUGCUCAAUCUCUUACUGGCUAACUUAGGGACUGCAUACUUAUUCUAGGUUAUGAAAUUGACGUAUAGGUUUAUAAUACAUGUAUAUGUACUUAAAGAUCACACACAUCGAUGGACCAUAUCUCUCUUCUUUUCUCUGUAACUCAGGAAAUGUCUUGUUUGCUUACAUCAUGCAAUAAAUUAAUAUCUUAUA